AAACGAAUUGAUUCGGAAAAGCUGCUUUUGAGCGCAGAGAAGCCCAAAAACCCAAAAGGCCAAAAAUCCCUCUUUUACUCUCUCUCUCUCUCUCUCUCUCUCUCUCUCCCCGUCGCCGAGCACGAUGACCACCUCCUCCGCCGCUUCUCGCAAGGCGCUGAGCAAGAUCGCGUGCAAUCGCCUGCAGAAGGAGCUGGUGGAGUGGCAGGUCAACCCCCCCACCGGAUUCAAGCAUCGACUCACCGAUAAUCUCCAAAGAUGGGUUAUCGAAGUGGUUGGGGCGCCGGGCACACUUUAUGCAAGUGAGACGUAUCAGCUUCAGGUGGAUUUUCCAGAGCAUUAUCCGAUGGAAGCCCCUCAGGUUAUUUUUCUUCAUCCGGCACCUCCUCAUCCGCAUAUAUACAGCAAUGGGCAUAUUUGUUUAGAUAUAUUAUACGAUUCGUGGUCGCCCGCGAUGACGGUGAGCUCGGUUUGUAUCAGCAUUCUCUCGAUGCUGUCGAGCUCCCCCGCGAAGCAACGGCCGGCGGACAACGACCGCUACGUGAAGAACUGCAGGAACGGGCGAUCGCCAAAGGAGACAAGAUGGUGGUUCCACGACGACAAAGUGUGACGCGGAACUGGAACGCUCGGUUUCAUUCCAUCUCAAGUGAGAGAGAGCUGCUAGUUUUAAUUGUUUGCUGUAGAGAAAAAACAAAACAAAACGACUUAGAUGAUGUGGGAAUCCGAAAAUAUUAUUGCAUGAAUAUAUAUAUAUAUAUAAUAAGGACGGAUGAAACGAAAGGCGUGUCACGUACAUGGUACAUGGCUUCUAAGAUUUUAUUUUUUUGGUAGUAAGAUGAGAUUUGGUAGUUAA